GGCGUUAUAGAUGCUUAUGUCCUGGAGAGUGGACACAGUUGUCUUCAGCAAAUUCUUCCAGGCGUUGUCUGUGGUCCCGAUAGGAGAGAGAGAGAACAGCCAGCAGAUUGUGCUCACCAGCGUCUUUCUUGAAAUAAUGCGUCCCUAUUUAUACGAGGAGCCACCUUCUUGAAGGUAAUACAAUCGAUUUCGAGUGGGUGGUAAAGCAAUGUUGACAUCUUUGGUGCAAUUUCUUCCAGUGGCAUUCGCUCACUUUGGCAUGCGCCCCUCCUUUACGCACCAAAACAUCACCGGUUGUAGUUUUACAGAACUCUGAAACACCGGAUAAAAAACGACCCUUUUCCAGACAGAGUGAUGGUUUAACGUUUAAGAAAGAGCCCAACUGAAAUUUCCAUUGAAAAAUAAAUUAAAAAAAACCAAACAAACAGACGACAAAGACCGCGGUGCGACAGCGUGCAAGAAAGUAGUUUUCCAAAUAGAGCAACUUGUUGGAUGUUGGAUGCAGAGAAGGGAAGAAUCUGUGGGCCUGUAAGCUUCUAGCUGACCUGACAGCGUGUCGAUGUUUUUGUUCACCGAUGUCCAAGUCUUGUGACCGCCUAAGCGCUGCAGAGAAUGCGCCUCCAGGAACAGCUACCCGCCUGUUUUCCACCCAUGAACAUAAAUCUAUCAUUGUGGUAGAGCUUCUAAGAACCGUGACACCCAGGACAUACAAUGAGCUGUGGGCAGAUGCCCAGUUAGAGCUGAGCCGCCUGCUAACCGAGGAGCUGCCUGCUGAGCCCCCUCGUCCAGAGAAGGACAGAGUUGUGUUCUUCCAGCGUCUAGCCAUGCUUUAUGUGCGCUACAUCCAAAUCUUCAGACAGCUGGAGAAGGUCUAUGACCAGGUGGUCCACCCUCAGAAGAGACGAGUUAUUCGGGUGAUUCUUGAUGGUGUGAUGGGAAGGGUGUUAGAGCUGAAGAAUGAAAUGGUGGAAAAAGAGUAUUCAGAGUACCACUACAUGGAUGACGUUCUUCACGACUUGAAGCUCAGACCUGCAGAUCUUGAGAUCCCUAUCCCUUGCUAUUUCAUCACUGAGCUCAACAAAGAGCUCCACGAACAGAAGACGAUGCUGGCAGACAUCCUUAAAAUGGUGGAGGUUACUGAGAGCCCGGAAUCUCUAAUGGUCAGUGAUAUGAGUCAAGAGGAAGCCAUUAAGAUCAUUCAAGUGGCAGAGAGAGCCCGCCAAGGACGCUUGAGGGCAAAGCUGAACGAAGAGAGCAGGAAUAUGAACAGGAUGUACAGGGCCAAAGAUCCUGGAACAGCUGGCCUUGAGUUAGCUGCUGUCUGCAUUCAGAAGGUGUGGAGGGGCUACAUACAGAGGAAGAGGGCAAAGAUUUCUCGGGAUGAAGAAAUGAUUUUUCUUGGAAUGGUCAUGGAUCCCAAAUACCGAGUGCCAUGCCCUGCAGAAGUCGCUGCCCAGGCCAGUGAAGCUUCUAUGCGGAUUAAACAGGAGGAGCAUGAGGAAGACUAUCAAAAGUCAAUAGUAGCUGUCACAAAACAGCUACGAGAUGUGGAGGGUCAUGACAUAAGCAAGACAAUGAAAGAACAAAUCCGACAGUGGUUCAUUGAAUGCCGUGACGCUACCGGAUCUUUUCCCGACUACCCUGAUGAAGAGGAUGGAGGCUCAGCUCUCAUUUUGGCAGAAAAAAACCCUCAGCAGUUAAAGGAAGAAAUUGCUGCAAAAGAAGAGGAGGAUUCAAACAACAAGCCAAAAGGGAAGGAGGAAAAGAAGGAAAAGGGGAAAAAGAACAAGGGGAAAGAUGAAGAAGAGGAGGAGGAGGCAGGUUUGAAGAUGCUACCUUCAGCUUUUCUGUCAGACUUGGAAGUAGGAAACAAAACCUUUGUAGAUUUUUGGCAAACCCGCAAUGAGUCUAAAAAUUUCAGCCAGAGACAUGAUGUAGAGCUGAUCAAGGAAGAAAAGAGGAAAGUCAUUGAGGCAGAGAUUCGAGUACAGGUAGAUGAGCAGAUGAGACAAGAGCUGGCUGAAUGGAAGCUAGCUGUGGAUAAAGAGAGGGGUGGUAAAACCAAAGGAAAUGCAAAGAAAAAGAAAGGAUCUAAGAGUGGAAAGAAGAAGAAAAAGGAGAAGGAUCUGACAGCUGAUAGGACUCUUGAGUCUCUGUGUCAGGAGCUGGUGGAACAGGGCUUGUUGAAAAAGGCAAAAAAUGUUAGGCUGCAGGAUUACUUGGGCGACUAUAGCUACCUUGGAACAACACUCAGGCAAAAUGACAUUGAGCCCAUGCCAUCAUUGUCAGAUGUGCGACAAGUCUUGUCCCUAUAUGCAAUUUUGCCAUUAGGUUCACAGGAGGUGCAUGAGAAGGCUCCUCUGAUAAAGGCCAUCCUACUGGCAGGGCCUGCAGGCGUAGGUAAGAAGAUGUUGAUCCAUGCAAUCUGCCAUGAGACAGGUGCCAACCUGUUCGAUCUGUCACCUCUGAACACGGCAGGAAAGUAUCCAGGCAAGAGUGGCCUCGCUAUGAUGCUUCACAUGGUCUUUAAGGUUGCAAGACUGCUGCAGCCUUCAGUAAUAUGGAUUGAAGAUGCAGAGAAAAUGUUCUACAAGAAAGUUCCCAAGGAAGAAAAAGAGUUGGACCCUAAGCGGUUGAAGAAAGAUUUGCCCAAGUCCCUUAAGUUGAUCAAAGGGGAGGAUCGUGUUCUGAUAGUAGGAACAACCAAGGACCCUCUAAGUGCUGAUAUUAAGUCACUGUGUAAAAUGUACAGCAAAAUCAUCCUCAUCCCAAGACCUGACUACGGCUCAAGAUACAUCUUGUGGAAGCAACUGAUCAAAAUGCAGGGAGGUGAGGUAACCAAGGCCCUGGACCUCAGCUCUCUCGCCAAGAUUUCUGAUGGCUACACUCCAGGUCACAUGGUCCAGGUGAUCCAGAGCGUCAUCACCAAGCGUCGCGUCCUGCAACAGGCAAACAGACCCCUGACCGCUGCAGAGUUUGUUGCUCCUUUAGCCAAGAUUGACCCAGUAUUUCAGGAAGAGGAAGAGGCCCUCAAAAACUGGUAUGCAAAGACUCCGCUGGGAAAGAAGAGGAUUAAGGCUGCCACAGGAAAGGAAGAAGAAGAUGCCCCUGUUAAAGGAAAAGAUGCAAAGAAGAAAGGGAAAAAAUAAGCUGAAUGUAUUUAAGUAUUUAUUGAAGCUUGUUUAUGAAGAGACCUGUGAUGAGGUCAACACUGUCCCUCUUAAUCCCCAUGAAAUAAAUAGAAAAUUGAAUAAAAAGUUAGGUUUUUCUGUA